CGCAUACCGACGUAGCACCGUGGGACAAUUGCCUUUUUCAGCUGGCUCCUCGAGGUGCACCAGGGUGCACCGCGCGCUGACGCUGCGCCCCGCGGCCAUAUCGCACCAGACGUUCUGCAGACUCAUAUAUCCAUCUCCCCGCCAUGUCUAAGCAGCUGCAGUUCAAGCUUGUUCUUCUUGGGGAGUCCGCUGUCGGCAAGUCCAGUCUGGUAUUGCGUUUCGUGAAGGACCAGUUCGAUGACUACCGGGAAAGCACCAUCGGCGCCGCCUUUCUGACGCAGACCGUUACGCUGGAGGACCAGACAACAGUCAAGUUUGAGAUCUGGGAUACCGCUGGUCAAGAGCGGUAUAAGUCUCUCGCUCCUAUGUACUACCGCAACGCAAACUGCGCAGUAGUCGUCUACGACAUCACUCAGUCCGCAUCUCUCGAGAAGGCCCGCUCAUGGAUCCGCGAGCUCCAACGUCAAGCGGACCCCUCCAUCAUUAUCGCACUCUGCGGCAACAAGGCCGACUUGUCUGCCCGACGCCAGGUCUCGCAGGAGGAGGCAAAGAAGUAUGCCGACGAGGAGGGUCUCAUGUGGGGCGAGACCAGUGCGAAGUCUGGCGAGGGUGUGCAGGAGAUCUUCGCCGCUAUUGCCAAGAAGCUGCCGCAGAACACGCCGGCGUCCGCAAGAGCAGGUGGCCGGGCAGGCCCGUCGGGGAGAACUGGCGUCGAUCUGAACAAGCAAGCCGCCGGCGCUCCCGGUCAGGACGAGCCAUGCAACUGCUAAGCGUUUCUUAGCUGCCCCUGGUGCCUGCGCGCGCCGGUCGGUCGUCCUCCGUUCUGCUUACCCACGCCGUCGCUUUGCUAGACCACACGUUCACACUGUUCUACUACUUUCUGUACUAUAGGUUCACACCGACGUAUUCUCAGUAUUAUAUGGAUGUUCCUCCGCUGCAGUAGCGUUUCA